AAUGAGAAAUAUAUCAUAUUUAAGUAUAAAAACUGAACAAGGAAAAAAACUAUUUAGUAUUGAUUACAGAGAGAAAUUAGCUUUUAAAAGAGAAGAAGUUGUACAUUUGAAAACUGAAAUAGAGGCAUAAAAACAGUUAUUAAAAUAAUAAGCUCAAUAACCAGUUAAAAAGAAAGAUGCAAAAGAAUAAGCUAAAAAACAACCUCAACCAAAUCAAAUAAACUUUUCUAACAAAUAAUAUGUAGAAAGUGAUUAUGAACCUUUAAAUGUCUUAACAAAAGAAGGAGAAAUGAGAAUCGAAAAUUUAGAAUACCUUGAGGAUUUCCAUCUUGAAAAAUAUUAUUAUGGUAUUUAUUAUUUCAGUCUUAGUUAUUUCAAAUAAAUCAACUAAUUCAUUAGGAGAUUUUGUUCCAAUAAAAAUUGAAGUAAUUAUUAAUCUAGAAAGAGGUUUAAAAUAAUAAUCAAAAAAAG